AGCGGGGUAAUCCGCACUUCGUAGAUUGAGAAAAGGUCUAAAUUCUACAUCACAAUAUAAAGAACAGAAGGAAGAAGCGACGACGUUGAGAACUACAAAUUUAUAAUAUGAUUACGUGAUUCUUAAUCUUUUAACAUGGUCGUUUUUAACUGGACGUUGAAUACCGUAUUGUUUUUAAUGUUAAGUUUAUGCGGUAUAUCACCUCGAGAGCUUGGCAUCUUGUCGAUUUUCGUCUAUUUUAAUGAACGUUUUGUAAAUAUAAACGAACAUAUUCCGAUUCAGUUAACGGCAGUUACGGUUUACGCGAUUCUAAUAUUUACCGUAUCAUCGGGAAUGUCUAGACUUUUUAAAAUUAUAUUAUCUACAAUCUUCUACUUGCCCGACGAACGUAAUCUCUUCGACCCAGUUAACGUAUCGAUAGCGCUGUUUGAAAUAUUGCUCUUCGAUGUUCUCGUUUGUCCUAUGAUGCAAUUGAUAAUUUUAACUGAUAAUCUACUUAAUUUUCCCUUUUGAACGUCAGACAUUCUCGUUAUAUUGUUACGACUUUAAUUUCAUUGUUAUUGCAAACAAGUGAAUGUAACUGCUUCGGGAAUCUUUUAUUUUUACAAGUAUUGUUUUACGUGACGAAUAUUUAAAUUUGUUUUAUACUUUAUCGUUAACUGUUUUUGUAGAUUUAUGUAUCAUUUGUAUAAAUAUAUAUAUUUUUUUACCAUGUUUAAAGUUUGAGAAUAAAAAAUUAAACACAUUUUAUCAAUAUUCUCUCUUCUCGUUUAUAAACAAAUUGAUUUCAUUAUAUGAGAAAGUUUUAUGUAGAAACAUUAGAAUUGUGUGAAUUAUAAGACAGAAUAAUGUUCUGUUAUAACGAACACACGCUACAACAUAAGCAUGGAGAAAAGAAUCUGUUAAAUUCAUGAUUUAAUGAAGAAACUUUACAUAAAUAGGUUAGGAUCCUCCCAAUUAAAUUAACAUUGUUAGAAGCUUAAUCAAAAAGAAUUGUUACUUAUUGUAAUAAAAUAAAUUGUAUUUCUGAAU